AUGGACAGUUUUGCUGUUCAGGCAGGCAAGGCAUUUACUCCAAAGCUUAUUAUCUUUCUUUUGUGCCAAAAAGACGGAGAAUGUGUGAAUUGA